AUGGCUCGACUACUUGCCGAGGACGUUAACCUUGCGCUGAAGAGGGUUAGAGUGGAGGUUCGACUGGCAUUAAGUUUUUCAGAUGAGGAUAAGGUCGGAACCAUACAACCACAUGAUGAUGCUUUAGUGAUCAUGCUUAGGAUAGGAGGAUAUGAUGUGAAGAGAGUGAUGGUAGACCAAGGCAGUGGCGCAGAGGUUAUGUUCCCUGAUCUAUACAAGGGGCUAAACCUGAAACUUGAGGAUUUGACAGCAUACGAUUCACCUCUAAUAAGUUUCGAUGGGAAAGUUGUCAUCCCAAAGGGUCAGACCAGACUACCCAUACAAGCAAGAUCAGAGGUGGUGGAGGUGAACUUUAUUGUGGUGGACGCCUAUUCACCCUACACAGCCAUUGUGGGAAGACCCUAG